AAAAAAAUAAAUAAAUAAAAAAUAAAAAUUUAUUAACUUAUAUUUAAUAUUUAGUAAACAAUUUAGUGUUCAAACACAAAAACUCGGAACUUAGAAAAAGAACCUACUAUUAACCAUCCAAGAAAGCGAAAUAAAAAGGAUUCUUAGCGAAAAAAAAAAAUUUUUUUCACCUAACGGAAUUACAACGUCAUUGCAUUUUACAUUCUUUGUAAAUGUAGUAACGUGGAAUACAUCAUGAGCUACUGUGUCGCACAAAGACAUGUUCAAGUUUCGCCUUGGUUGUGAUGGCGCGCGUCUUAAAUCCUGAAUAGCGAGAAAUUGAAAGUUUCAUUGCAUAUUGAUGCGAUUGAUCUCCUCUAUAUUGGCAUCAUAACAAUACUAUACUGUAGAACGGUAUGGUGAAAAUGGAAUCCACCGAAGAGCAGGAUAGAAAAUUGGUUUUGGAGUUUUGUCAUUUACUCGAAAAAUCGAAGCAGCUAUUUAAUGGCUUGAGAGAUUUGCCGCAAUAUGGUCAUCGCCAGUGGCAGGCGUAUUUCGGUCGCACGUUUGACGUAUACACAAAACUGUGGAAGUUUCAGCAACAGCAUCGUAUGGUGUUAGAUUCGAAAUACGGUCUAAAGCGUUGGCAAAUCGGCGAAAUCGCGAGUAAAAUUGGACAGCUUUAUUAUCAUUAUUAUUUAAGAACCAGCGAAACGAAUUACCUGAAUGAGGCUUAUCAAUUUUAUGCAGCAAUUAGAGGUAGAGCCUAUUAUUCACGUGCUAUUAAAGAGGAUCGGCCCGAUUUGAUGGUGAAAAAGUUACGUUACUAUGCUCGUUUUAUUGUCGUGUGUUUAUUGUUGAAGAAAAUGAAAUUGGUACGUGAACUGGUUACCGAAUUAGAAAAGCAAAUACAGGAAUAUACAACCACUUAUGAGCCUGAAGAUCAUUUAGAAUGGUCUCUUGUGUUAGAGGAAAUCAAAGGUUUUAUAAAAGCGGAAGCUGCUGUAGCUGUUCUUCAUGCGGACUCCAAUCCCAUCAUUCUAUCACACAGUGGUUCCGGUUCUAGGUUAUCACCGCUGACGACGCCACCGUGCGAACGUUCACCUCAUAUGACUCUAAGCCUACAGGAGAUACUCAUUGUAGGCUCCGCUUGCGAACAGGCCAAAUUUUCCGAGCUAACCAUGGAUAUGUUUAGAAUGUUACAAACUCUCGAACGAGAACCAACUGAAUCUACGCAUCCUAUGAGUGUUUCGCACGGUAUGCACGGACACGAUGCUAGCCCUGCCGCCAGCCGCAUACCGCCCUAUGGUGUUCCCGGUUCUAAAGGUUACUUGGAAAAUAACCGACAUUAUAGAGAUAAUCCCCACAAGUAUUUACUGUAUAAACCUUCGAUAAGCCAACUACUAGUGUUCUUAGCUAGCGGUUUUAAAGAAUUGCCUCCAGGAGGCGCUUUACUUUUAUACAUGUCAGCCGAUGGUUGUUUUUCCACCACGAAACAUCCAGAAGACUAUGGCUAUGAGCUAGGCGGUUUGGCUACGAGCGUUAAGCGAGACGGGGUCGAUGGCGGCGGCUUAGCAUGUCGAGGGAAAUCUUACAAGGAGAAUCAUUGCUUGUAUCCCGGCGAUUUAUACCCAUUUACACGACGGCCUCUAUUCAUCAUCAUCGAUUCGGAUAAUUCGUUUGUCUUUCAGCACAUACCGCGUUAUUUCGGUCAACCUUUGGUUAUACUCAUGUCACCACAGGAUGUGCCACCAGCAUUUCAAGCUGAAGUGCAACAUCAUGGUUCGUUAUUUACUUUGUUCCUGCAUUCCCCCUUGACGGCAUUAUGUUAUAUAUGUAAUGUUGGCGACGUACCCAUACAUCAUUGGGAACGUUGUCAAUCAUAUGUAGAUCAUUUCAUAACUGAAGCUUCACGUCUGGUAACAAGAUGCCGUAUCGAUGAAAUCGAACAAGGAUAUAUCGAUUCAUCGUAUGUGCAAUUUUUCGGCGAUGAUUUCUUGCGCACCUUAAUAUUACGGUUCGUAUUCUGUGAUGUUGUACUGAGACUGCAUCGUGGUUUUCGCGGCCGACACAUGAGACCGCGUUGUGAACCUCCAUUGCCAUCCAAUGAGUUACUGGAACAUCCGACAUUGUCGCACAUAAUAUUCCAGUUGGCGACAGCACUUGAUGUACGGGGUCAUUUUUCCGACGGCCCCGAAUGCGACUGAUGAUUCGUGUAUGGAAUUAUUAUCAUAAUAGUUCAGCAAUUUAACAAUAGAUUCAAUUUAUCCAUGAAAUGGUUAAUAAUAAUCAAUACGAUAAUGACGGCAAAAACAACAAAAAACGCAAACAAAUUAAAAAAUUAUAUAUUAUUUUGAAUAACUCUCUCUUUUAAUCUCUGCUGUAGUCAAAAACUAAAACAACCUACAUCACAGCCUUUCGGAUAUAUUUUAUUAAUUUAUCAAAACA